AAAUGGAUCGUCUGAAUUUGUUUAUAAACUGCUAAAAGAAUAAAAUGGGUAAAAGGGGAUGCUUUCCUUUACUUUUUGUUGCCUCACUUCUGCAGAAUUCUGCACAAAAUUACUCAACAGAAGCAAUUAAUUUUGAGGAAUUAAAUGUUGGUCCCACUUACGCUAUUGCACAUACACAAAAUGAAAACCAUGUUGUAGAAUCUAAUUCUUCAAACGAUGAAAGCCGAACUGUAUCUUACGAUUUAUUUAAAGAAAAUAACAAGAAUGGCACCAUCGAAAACAAUUAUAACGAUGAUAAAUCGAAAGAUACUUCUCCAUUUGAAUUCGAACGAGGAAAAGUAAUAGAAGAAAGGGCAACAAUAUGGUCUGAUAGCCAAGAAGAAAUACAUGAGUUUCAGAUAGAAAAUAAUGAAACGAAAACUAAACAAAACAAAAACUUUGCUGUUGAAUCUGAUUCUUUAAAAAAUGAGAGCCGAAUUGAGUCUUCUAAUUUAUUUAAAGGAAAUAUUAAGAGUGAGACCAUCGAAAAAAAUUACUACGAUGAUGGAUUGAAAGAAUUUCUUCCAUUUGAAGUCAAAAGUGGAGAUAAAUUGUUAAGCGAUAUAAGGAAUAAAAAAGAAAAUUAUCACCAGAAUAUUGGGAAGACAUUUGUAAUAAGGCCACAUUUACGGACAAGAAACAUAACAAAAAUAGAUGAAAAAGAGAGCUACGAAAGAAUUUGGUCUAAUUCUUUGACGAAUGAAGACUUCAAUCAUAGGAUAUCACGUAAAACUCCCCUGGAUUUAGAUUUUGAAUAUGGAGCAGAUGAAGAUGAUUCUUAUAUGUAUACUCAUAGCUUACAAGAGGAGUUAAUUAGUCCCAAGAAAUGUCAUCUCCCCAAAAAAAUGAAGCAUUCAGAACUGAGAUGUAUCAUCUCCUUAAGGUCGAUAAAAUGCAAGCAAGUUUGUGCUUAUGGAGCUUAUUUGAAGGAUGGAAAAAGUAAAGCAAAAAUAACUUGUCGUAAGAAUAAAGGAUGGUGGGGAGUUGCCAGUCAUAUCAGAGAUUGUGAUUCUCAUCUCAAAUUCAAACUUAAGCUAUAUGGUGGUGAAGGAAAAUGCAUGGAAGGAUUCAUGGAUCACGGACCACGGUGCCAUAUAGAUUGCGGCAGAGGCAAAGAAACAGAGUGGCAUGAAUGUGAUACCAAUGGAAAUUGGGACCCACCUUUACCACACUGUGCUAAGUCUUUCGGAAGUAAAACACUCUCGAGAGGACAUUAUUAUGGAGAUCGCCGAGGGAAGGCGUACGUAAUUAAAGAACUUGAGGGGAAAAAUUGAGACCGACGGUGAAUCUCGAUUUUAAAGGAAUAAAAAGGUAAGCAA